AUGUUUGGAGCUUUAUUUUUCAGUCUUUUAUACUAUAUUGUUUAUGCAGACAAAUAUUAUACAAUUAAACCGUAUGGGGAUUCAAGUGUUUUUCCACACUAUGGUAAUUUUUCUGUCUUUGAUACAAAGUUAAAAAGACUUUCUCUUAUCGGUAAUUUUAUUUUUGAUGUACAUGAUCGUUCAAGUGUGUACUAUUUUAUUGGUGGUCCUACAGCUGUGAAUAGAAAUUUAAAUUAUAUUUAUCUGCCUAUUACUAGUGGUAAUUCUUUCAAACGUCUUCUUUUAGUCGCUUAUAAUUAUAAAAGAAAAACAUAUCAUCAAAGUCGUUGGGUGUAUAAUGAUGGUAAUUUUGGUUUUCUUUUUUACGAUCCAUUAAGAAAUCGACUUCUUGGUUUAAGAACUAAUGCUACAUUUACAUAUUAUAUUGAAGAAUAUGAUAUAGAAACAUUAGACACUGUUAAACUAUAUACACAACAAUAUGUUGGAAAGUAUGCUUUUAUUAAUGGAAGAUGUACUGCGUUUGAUUACAAUAAAAAUUGGAUUAUACAAGUACGAACUCGUUUUGACAAUUCAUCUUAUAAUUCUUAUUGGAUUAAAAUGGAUUUAAAUUUAGUUGGUAAAAAAAAAGAUAUUGUUACUGAUUUUCAUCUUAUGCCACAUGCAUAUUAUUUUGUUACGAUGGCAUAUGAUAUUCAAAAGACAAAAUUGAUUCUUUGUACAUGGCAGAAUGGUUCAAGUCUGUUAGAUAUAUACAUGUUUCAUUUAGAUCCAAAGCAAAAUGGAAAAUUUCCUUAUAGAAAUCAACGUCUAAAAUUAUUAUUGAAAACUAACGGAGAACAGGUUGAAACAGUUAGAGAUGUAUGGAAUCCAGUCAAGAGAGAAGUACUUUAUUUUAUUCAAACUAAUACUGGUGCAACACUCAAAAUAAAAAGAUAUAUGUUGAGAGUUCAAUUCGAUACACGAAUAGUAUUAGAAAAGACAAUACUAACCGAUAAACAGUUACCAUUGCUUGAUUCGUGGGAAUAUUUUUACUUAUCUAAAUUUUAA